GGUCUGAAACUUUCAGAUAAACCGAUACCAGGAAAGAGUAUCUUAGUGUAGUUGCACUCUGUGGUUCGGUCAGUAUUUGUUGGAUAUAUUCAUUGUAUACAUAGUUUAUCAAGUUUUUUAAAACCACAUUAUGUUCAGAUUGUCAAAGUAAAAAUGCCUUUGGGAAGAAUGUGAAUUCUUCUCUCUGCUCAUGGGAUUUUCCAAGAAGAUUAGCAACAGGAAUUUACAGUUUGUGAGCAGGAAGUAACCACCAACUUUUGCCACACAGCUGAAAAUAUAUCUCCUACGAUGCUUUUAAAGCUGAAGUUGGGAACUGCGCUACAUUAUGUAACUGACUUGUGGGAUUCAUUCGAGUUCUUUGCUCCAGGGAAGAAUGAAGCAGGAACCAGAUGCUUCUGAUGUGAAGGAGAAUUGAAGGGAAUCAGUAAAGCUAUUUUCAUUUACAUGUAGAGUGGUUCAACAGCUCCUUUUGGCACACUUUUAUGGAGUUUGUGAGAAACAGCAGUGGCUAUUGCCCAGCACAACAUAACAUCUUUGCAGACAAGUAAAUCUAAGGAGGAACCUGCCAGCCACCAAAUUUGAGUAAAAAGUAUCCAAGAGAUAACAGACUUAACCUGUUUGGUAUCUCCAGUUGUAUUCUUAUUGCUUUGCAAUGUAUCUCCAAAUGGGGUGACUGAACUGUUGAACGUAGAUGUAUUUAUAGUUUGAAGGAGAGCGUAGAAGAAGAAGUAGAGACCAAUUUUAUAAACAAUUUAAAGAAGAAUAUUUCAUUCGCUUGCUGCAAAAAGAAACCUACAAUCCUAUGAAGACAGUACACAGAAAUUAGUUUGGAGAUAUUCUGAUCAUUUACAGCCACUACUAACCACCUUCUGUGCCUCUGGUUCCAUCCCCAUGGCCCGCAUGAAUCGCCCUGCACCUGUGGAAGUUUCUUAUAAACACAUGAGAUUUCUCAUCACCCACAAUCCUACAAAUGCCACGUUGGGCGCAUUUAUAGAGGAGCUACAGAAGUAUGGUGUAACAACCCUUGUGAGAGUAUGUGAUACCACAUAUGAUAAGAGGCCACUGGAGAGUGAGGGCAUUGUAGUAAUAGAUUGGCCAUUUGAUGAUGGUGAUCCACCUCCAAGCAAAAUUGUGGAUGAUUGGCUAAAUUUACUUAAAACUAAGUUUUUGGAAGAACCUGGAAGCUGUGUAGCAGUCCAUUGUGUUGCUGGCCUUGGGAGGGCCCCUGUACUGGUAGCAGUUGCUCUUAUCGAAUGUGGAAUGAAGUAUGAAGAUGCCAUUCAAUUCAUCCGGCAGAAACGUAGAGGUGCCAUCAACAGCAAACAGCUCUCAUACUUGGAAAAGUAUCGGCCAAAGAUGAGACUUCGUUUCAAGGACCCUAAUAAUCACAAGAACAGUUGUGCCAUCGUAUGAAAUUGAACGCUUUCAGUGAACAUUGGUUUACAGCAAUUUUUAUAUAUUAAACAAAAAUAAAAUCCCUUCCAGUUUCCUAUCUUAAAAUCCAAUUGGAUGUUGUUUCUUCCUCCAAGAGUAACUUCAAUAUUUAUUUAUACUUAAAUCACCAAAUGAAAGAAAGUACCAUUCUUUAUGAUGGCUUAUUGAUUCUGAUUAAAAGCUCUAAGCAAGUUUAUCAUUUGAGGUAAUCUUACCAUCUGAAUUCUCUGUUUCCUCUUUACAAAGAUAUCCUUGAUUUAUAUGGUGUAUAAUCAAAAUAGAAAUCUGGUGUGAUAACCUUGAGUAAAAAAUUGUGCAUUUAGGAAAGUAAUUGUAAAUAUGAUACAAAUUAACUGAAGUAUGAUUGAUUGGUACUAAUUUUGGCAAAACAUUGUUCUUUAGUUUGAUGAGUUGAUGAUUCUUAUAAUGUGGUUCCUUAUGUUGGUUGAACCAAAUCCAGGUGAAUAUUUAGCAUUAAUAGACCCUUUGUUUUGUACCUUAAGGUAGUUGUGUUCCUGCGAUCCCACACUUUGUGUUUGUAUACAACAUCCCUGUACAAGAAUCACUAAUCUGUGUGCUUCCAAUUCAAGUGCAAAAUGGCUAUAAUAAUCAUUUUUUGAUAUCUAGUUUUCCACAAACAAUCUUUCCUAUGUGCAUUGAAAGUUGACAAUAAUUGUGUACUAAUCCUGAAUUUAACCAUACGAUUGCCCAGUGACUUAACAGAGGGUAACCUAAUGAUUAUCCUAACUGUGGUUAAUAGGUAAAGAAGUGCAACACGUUUUGAUAUUGAUUGUUUGAGAUAGUGUUUUUUUUUAAUAGUUAUAUCUGUUUGCCAGGACUUGGUUAAAAUGAAGUCUUUGUGUAAUAAAAUAAAAUGCUGGAAAUAUCCAUAUAAUGAAAGACCACUGACAUGAAGCAUUAACUUUAUUUUUCUGCACACAUGAUGUCUGACUUGCUAAAUUAUUUCCAGUAUUUUCCAUUUUUAUUUCUAUAUUUCAUAUUUUCAAAGCUUGCAGUUUGUUUUCUGUUUUGCUUUUGUCUUACUGGCAGGUUUUGAACCCAAAUCGCAUAUUUCUUUAGUACAAGCUGGUAGGGUUAACUAAGGGAAUUUUAAACUGAAUACCAUCUUUUUAAUGUGAUAAAUUUUGUAGUUGAAUAGGAAAUGUCAAAAUGUACAUUCAUACUAUAUGUAUAAUGACAGUGAAAACUUUGUUCAUUUUAAUUCUGAUUCUCUCAUAAUUUGGGUGUAGUGGAGUGUGAACUCUUAGAAGAUAAUAUUCACUCUGGUGAUCAGAACAUUACGACUAAUUUAUUUCAUAUAUGGUUUUAUCAAGAAAGCAAGGCCACUGCACUGAAGCUAAACUUGCCUUAUGAAUGCCACGUUACUGAAGCUUUGCCUUUUUCCUUCUGUUAUUUAUUUGUAAUAAAAGCUAAAUACUGGAAAUGCACAGCAGGCCGGGCCAUAUCUGUGGAGUGGGUGAUGGCUGACCAUUCAAGACAACAAAUAACAAAUGGUUUACAAGCCCUAAGCAGUGAUACCUUAAGAAUUAGAGCAAGCAUUUAAUCUCAUAUUGUGCCUUUGUAAUCUACUUAAGAGUUCAUAACUCUGAAUUGUUUUUGUCCAUAGAGAAAGAAAACCCUGUGAAUGAUGCACAGGUUUCAUUCGAAGUUCAGCUCAGGCGUAACUUAUAGAAAACUGAUUUGUCGAUGAGAACAGUAACUUGUUCGUUGUAGUGAAGUACAACUAUAUAAAUAGUGUAAGUCAGCUUAAUGCUGUGCAACUUUUCUAUGAUCUAUGCAUUAUUGACCAUUUACAGUGUAACUACAACAUCAGCUGUUUGAACUUUCUAAAGAAUGUGAGGUCAUCCAGUCAGGGUUUUUGUUUUUUACUUUUUAUAAUCUAUUUCCACAUCUUCCUUCUAUGAAAGUCCAUUUCAUUCAAUUAAUGAAAUUAACAACCAUUUACAAAACCUAGCUGGUUUGCUGACUUUUUGUUAUGCUCUGUUCUUGGGCUGCAGUUAAUAUGUAAAAUUAUAAUUGUGGAGGAUUUGUGCAAGUUAAACUUCAAAAUAUCAGCUUGGAAAUUCAACUAUGCAAUGUUCACUUUUCAAGUACCAAACAGUUCUAUAAACGCCCAAAUUAAUAUUUGUUACACUUAAACCAGGGGGUUGAACUCUUUAAAUGUUGUUUCUAUUCUGACAUUUUAGACAUAAUGUAAGGUAAGAUGUAAUCCUAACAUCACAAAACAAAUUUCAGCAUCAGUGCACAGCACAAAAUGAUGGAGGAAUGAAUGAGAGUUAAGUUAUAUACAUGACUGAGAUUGUUUGUGUGUUCCUUUUCUGUCUUUUAAAUACAUACUCUUAGUAGUCAAUAGAGAGGAGGGAAAGUUAGAUACACUCAAUCCAAUCAUUUUGCACAAGUCUGAUUGGUUGAUUAAAUUGAAGAGUGUUUCUAGUUUCCCUAAAAUAGAACUGAAUCUAGUCAGACUUGUGACCUGAGAAUUCAUUUCUGCAGAAAAUAGCCAUGAGGCAUUGUUAUUGGCAAUACAAUAAAGGUAUCAGAAAGCAGAACUGUAGUAAGUGCCAACUACUAUAAUGUACAUAUUUUGUACUUUGAUACAAAAAAGUGAACAACUAUAAAAUCAUGUGAUAUAAUUAUUUAUCCCACCGAAAUGAAACUUGCAUUUAUUAAACAUUUCCACUAGCCAAUCCUUCAAAAUAUCAGUGUCAUUUAAAUAUGAAAGUAAAUACUAUCUUUUGUUAACUUUAUAAACAUUUUAUUAAAAUUUUCUUCUAAAUACAUCAAUGUUCUAAUGAGUUUACGGAUUAAGACAAGUAAACAAGUUACUUUCAUCCUUUUAAAAAUAAAAGCUUAAAAAGAAAAGCAAUUAAUUGCUUCAACAGUCAACACAUUCUGUAAUAUACUGUCCAUAUUGUUUUUAGUAACAUUUACACACUCGGAUGUAGAUUGGAAUUAAACAAUGUUGAAAAAUUGCAGUGCACAAGUUGUACAAAGGCAUUGCUUGAUUAGCUGCCUCCUGCAAAUUAUUUUGGAGUUGUAGUAAUUUUAAGUAGAAAGUACUAUGUACAUGUUUUUUAAAAGGAAUGUAUAACAUUUCAUUAUGAAUCCUAGGUGCCCAAUUUUCAUUAAUAACUGAUGUGGCAGUAUUGUAUAUAAAAACUAUUAUUUGCUCUGUGCACCAUUCUCAAAGGAUAUGAUGGCAUUGCACAAACAUUUUUCUCUUUAAACAUGGUAUGAUAUAAAUCUCUUAUUUGAAAUAAUGGUGCUAAUAAUCAGCUGUUUCUUCCUACAAGAAGGAAAAACUUGUGUGCUUUUAAUCUUUGUUGAUAUUUAGGGUAACUGAAUUUAGGACCAUGUAGCAAAAGAAUCUUGAUUCACACAGGGAAGUGUUGUGAAAAGGACAAUUACAUCUGGUUCAUCCCAGUCAGCGAGGUGAUGUUUGAAGCUUCUUUAAGAGAUGAGAAUGUUAUUUCAGUUGAUGCAGAAACUGUUUUAUUUAGACUGUAUAAUCCUUAAGGUAGUAGAUAGUUUGCUCUAAAAGGCUCUAAGGAAACAAGGUUGGUCUGGGCUUUGGGUCAUUAAUACUUUAUUGAAAUAUAGUUAUUUAUCUCAGUGCAAUUUAAAGAAGUCUACUGAAUGUGCUGCUUACAGUUGUUUCUGAAGCCAUUAGUUUCUUUUUAGAAUGGAAGUUGAAAGUGGGACAAAAAAGAAAGAUUUGUGCUUUUUGUACUUAAUAAUGUGAUGAUAAUUCUUUGAUCAUAUAACAUUAUGAAAUGUGCAGUUAUCUUUUCUGAUACAAAGUUAGUUAUACACAACACUAAACUCUCAAGCCGUCAUCUCGCACCAUCUUAGUCGGGGCAGAACAGGCUGGAUGACAGUUUGCAAACCACACAAACUCUUCCUGGCACAAUUGUGCAUACCACAAUUAACAUCUUUCAUGGUAGAAACUGAUCUUGGUGUACAGUGGUCAAAUUAAAUUUCAGCGCUUGAUCUUAUACAGGCAAUAAACAAAGGUGCUGUUGAGGCUUUAGCACCACUUUUUCUUGUUUUGAAAAUUAUGAUGGGGAAUUUGCCUAAUUUCCUAACAAGCUGACUCUUUUUAUAUGUGAUUAAACCUGAAGCUUAAACUGUCUUGUCUGGUUUAGUGCAUCAAUUUUUAUCCUAUUUUAACAAAAGAGAGAGAACCUAUUUCUGUGAGUAAGAAGUGAAUGGACAAGAAAGUGUGGAGGGAGGGAAGAGUAGAAGUUAGGUUUAUUUCUAUUCAAAGUGCAAGCAGUUUUGUUCCCACAACCUAAUUCCGUGUACAAAGUUUUUAAGCAUUCAGGAAUCUGCAUGACUGGGACCUCAUUUCCUUUAAUAAUGGGCAAUUUUUUUUAUAUUCCUCUUAAAUCGGGCUCAUUAAAUGGAUGGGUUUAGUUGGUGUGUCACAUUUGUAGUAUUAUGUUAUUUGGAGACAGAAUGGGAAACACCUGUGUGAACCAACUUUGUUUCACUUGAAUUGCAUUUCCUAUUAAAACAUUGUUGAAAAGCAUUUCGCAUAGUGAAGCAGAAGGAACACGUUAUAGAGAAACAUAUUAAAUUACAUUUCAAUGUACUUGUUACAGUGAUUAAAAGGAUGGCUGUUGAAUUUAAAUGAGCAGAAAUCUUAGAACAACUCUAUGUUGUGGGAGUUCAGUGAGGUGUAUUAGAGCUAUGAACUGAUUGUGGGUUCAAAAAGAAACUAGCAAUAUGGAGCUUCGGUGUGAAAAGUGGACAUGGUGCAGUAUCAGCUAUAAUCUUACUAAACAGCAAAGUGGGCUCAAGGGUCAUUGAGUUCUGUUCCUGUCUCAUUGUCUAAUGUGGCUUAUUAAUGUUGACCAGAAUUUGCCUAUGUAACUUUUUGUUUCAUGAAUUAAAUCCAAAGGAGCUCAUCAGGUAUUUCUUCCCUUAUAGUAUUUUGCAUAUAGAUAAGUAAAAAAAAUUGUUUAAUAUCAAAAACCAACCAUUGUGGGAAAAUAUACAUUUUCCACACCACCACCUCGACCCUGCAUCCUUCCCCCUCCCCCACCCCAUAAUGAGGCAUGGCCUUUGUAUCAGUGGACACAUCAACUAAUUUAUAGUUUAUGGUUUUAAACAAUCGGUUUCUACUGCCUAAUCUCACUGAACAUUGCAGAGCAGUACCUGUACCAAUGUUUCCACAUAAUAUUCAGAUUUGGAGAGCAUUUUUUUUAAAAUAUCACAUGCAAUAUGGAAUUCAGGUUACUUGCUUUUAUCACAAAGCUUGAACUUGCUUAAUCUGAAGGUAAAAUGGAAAUUCCAAUAGUGAAAUUGCACAUCACUAUCUGAAGUGGUUUUCACUUCCUAAUACUGAACAAGCUAACUUAAUUGCCAAUGAUCUUAUUUAGUAGACAAACAUGUAGCAGUAUUCAAGUUUUCCUUGUGAAUAGAUAACCUGGUGUACUGAAUAUAUAUUCGUAAAUGGGUUUGAAAAUUUUGGAUUGUAUCUGAAAGAAAAAUAUUGCCUUGUAUAUAAUAAUUGUAAGCUGUGGAGUCCAGUAUGGUUAGUCUUACUAUUGGUGAGUAGAACUUCCCUGUGCUAGAGAUGGUGAACUAAAAUUGCUUCAUUUUUGCCUAAAGUUUCAGAUAAUAAAUCUGAGCUCAGUGGCCUUCAUUUUAUAGAAAUGGUAUAUGAAGUGUUUACAUAUUUAAAAUGUGUGUACAUACAAUAAUGUAAUACAUUUUUUAGUGUUUGUGCUAUAGGCUUGCAAAGUAAAACACUUAAUCUUUCAAUAUACAGAAUUAUAUAUCCUACUAUGAAUCCAAAUACUAAUGUUUAUUGAGUAACAAAAGUGCCAGUCUCCUUAGCAGAUGGGGAACAGUGAGAAAAGCUGGGUCUUCAUUGUGUUCUAAUAAUGUUUUUUGGUUGAUUGAACUAAAUUGUAUUCAUUCAGUUACUUUAAAGAACGUGGCCUGCUUUGUCUCUUUAUUGUUUGAAUUAGCAAAGAAUAGAAAUACUGUUCACAAUAUUCCUCUCAAAUCAUUUGAAUAGAAUUUUUUUACUUUUAGUAUUUGUUAGUAACUUAUAUUCUAGUUGAGACUUUUUGCUUCCUACAAUAAAUAGGGAACCAAUGGUAAAAGAGAAAGUGAAUAAAAUGCUUAUCUUACCAAUAAAAAAAAGGGUUGAAAUUGAUUAUAAUUACAUAGUCCAGUUCUAAUGAAUCCUGACUAACUUCACAUGCUAUGCUAUUAAUUUGUCCCCAAGGUCAAAUAAGCACUGCAAAGAUAAAACUGCAGUAGCAUAAGAAACAUCCUCUGAAAAUGGCUUAAAAGUUUUUUAUGUGGGGGGGGGGACAGGAAAUUUAGCCCACAGAACUUGUCCAAAUUAACGCUGAAUCUGAAUUUAUCUACUGUAAUUAGAUAGAGCCAAUGUGGCUGAAAGUUUGAUUUCUAGCCUUUGAUUGUCUUUUUGUAGACUGUAUUGUUUUAUGUCAGACUGCUGGUUUGUUGUGGAAAAUUUUUAGUGUUCAGAACAAUUGUAAUUACUAUUUCCCUCCAACAAGGUAAAUAAAAGGGGCUUUCAUUUUCAUAA